UAGUAUACUAAAAUAGAACGGAUAAACAUGUAUAUAAAUAUUCCUAGCUAAGUGCCCAGGCCAUGGGGGUUCUUUUUCUGGUGCAAUCAAAAUUAUGAAGUUGUUUUUAUACACUCUUUUGGUAAAAACUGGCCGAUCGUCGGCAUUUUGAGAACUACAAUUUAGGAGAACGAAGGAAUUAUAAAAUUUAAUAUUAAAAAAUUCGCAAGAAAUGACAAUGUCGGAAACUAAUAAUGAAAAAAAUCUCGAAGAAGAAGCGCUCAAACGUAGGCAGCGAUUACUGGCUUUAAAACGAAAAAGGGAACACAAAUCAGAAACUGCUGAAAGUAACUCCAAAGUACCUGUUGAAGAGGUAUUGCCCGCACCCCUUUUUCGAAGUUAUAGGCCUGUAGAUGAUAGACUCCAGGAAAACGUUUUGCCAAACGAGAAACCUGAAGAUGUUAGCUCUCAAGUUAAAGAUCAAUUGGAGUCUGCAAAAUCGGCGAUUGUUAUUGAUCAGUUGGACGUGACCUCUUUGGCUCCAAGAAAACCAGACUGGGACUUAAAACGCGACAUUGCAAAGAAGUUGGAAAAACUUGAGAGGCAAACACAGAGAGCAAUUGCUGAGUUGAUUAGAGAGAGAUUACGAGAAAGAAAAGAUUUGGCUGAGAUCGCUAAUGCAGAAUCCUCUGAUAAAUCGUGAAGCAUUAUUGUUUACAUCCAGAAGCGUUUAAAUGUAUUUUAAGUUUUAUUUCAUGCACAAUAAACUCAAAAUUAUUGCUUUAAAA